AAUCUCUGUGUAUUUACCAAACUGCUACGGUUUUCUCAGUUUCAAACGGUAAAGUUUUGAUAGGCAUGCACAGUAACGAUAAAAUACUUGUCCAAUACCUUGAUCUUCCCGAGUCAUCAUUCGCUGAUUAUUUAGACAUUUUUGAAGACAUAACCAAAGUGAUUGAUAGACUUACAGAGAAGUUGAUGCAUUGUAAAUACGAGGUAGGAUAUAUGUGCAAAAAAACAGUUUUUGGAAAGACAAAUAUCUCUCUCUGCCAUUUUAUAGCAGAGUCUGAUAUGAAAGGAGAAAGUAUUCACUGUCCCGAAUGCGGAUUUCAUAGAAAAGUGGUUGUAAAUGAUAUCAAGUGGAAUAUCCUACGAAAGAAAAAGAAGAUGCCAAGUAUAAUCUCUUCUAACUAUAAAGCCGAAAGCAUACGAGCUGGGUUUGUUGUAAAAUAAACCUUACAGUCAACUGAAGAGAGUCUUUUAGAAGAGGAUUCCUCAAAAGGCACAUGGGUCCUUUUGGUCAUAGCAAUUGCUUUUGAAAAAGCACCACACACAGAGGACAAAGGACUGUUCAAUGAGACUAGAUUUUCAUUAUUUCUUCAAUUCACUCUCCAUCAUACAUGUAAAACGGAUCGAACGAUUUUGACAAAAUGAGAACAUCAAGCGUAAUUAAAAAAAUAUUUUCACAGACAAUAUAUUUUAAUGCAGUAAGUAGAUCAAUACCUUUCGUUGAUAAAAAAAAAAAGGAAUACCCGAAAGAGGAGCGAAAUAUAAUACGUCUUUAAAAUGAAUAUUUACAGGAAACCAUGCAAAGUUUGUGAAACAUAUAAGUAGUCCUGGAUACUUUAUUCGGCACUUUUAAAGACAUACUUUAUACAUCACGCAUUUACAUUGAAUUAUUCAGGGCUCUGAUUUAGAAAGUUUAAGGAAAUUAUGUUGAUUCUAACAGUAUGGAAAGUGUGACUUUCCACCUCUAAUAAAUUUGUUACAUUGCCGAAAAUGACAUUUUAAAUUGAGCCUAUCGAAUAUGAUUUAUAUUUGAUUAGUGUGUUUUGAUUAAACAUCUGCAAGGUCUGACACAGAAAGCUCCCCAAAGAAAGAUGAUGUUAUAAGCGUACAAUUUAUUUUUUUUUUCCUUAUACUUGUAACAAAUCCAAAACACAACUAUCACAUUCAGAAAUUUCAAAGUUUAUAUGAAUUAUGAUUAAUCAAAUACAAGAGCUUUGUCGAAGUAUAAUAUCAACCGGAAAUGCUAAUAAAAUACAACCCAAAGAAUAAAGCUCUUGCUAAAAAUAUUUAACCCCUGAUGCAUGUACAUGUAUCAACCAAAGUAUUUUGCUUGCAUAUAAUGCAGAAAACAACCUACCAAAUGUACAUAUGCAUACAUAAGUAGAAAAGCAAUCACUUUGUAUCUUAUAUAUUUUAUGGAAAAAAUAAAUGCGUAGACUGUU